AUGGUUAUUACAACAGGUCGAAGUUUCUCCCGGAUGCCGUUGGGCUACGGUCCGUUCCCGGGCCCCCGACAAGACGCAAGAGGCCAACCCCUGAAGGGGUGGGACCAAGUUAACGUCAAGACUUGUACAAUUACCUUCAAAGCUCCGGUAGAUCAACUCGUCUCUCUGCUCCCGCGACCAUGCUUCCAUAUCGACGCCCACACCGUCAAGGAAGGUCUUGCUGAGGCUUCCGUUUCCUUCACGUCCCUGGGCAACCUCCCCUGGUUGGCUGGGAGAGGAUACAACCAUUCCGGCCUGUAUAUCCACAACGUCAUCUGCAAGGGGAAAACCGAGACGAUCCAGGGAAAAUACCUCAGCGUGCUUUUCGAGAACCUUCCCGACCCGAUUUUGAGCGGUCGAGAGGAGCUGGGGUACCCGAAGCUGUUCGCGACGCUGGACCAGGAGGACGAUGUUGAGGCUUCCGGAAAUUGGAGCCUGGCGAUGGGCUGGGAGGGCAACCGGUUCGGCGAGGUCAAGGUCUCCGGCCUGAAGCUGGAGGUGGCACCCCCCGAGCCAGCCGCGCGGGGCCACGACGUGCUCUGCUACAAGUACAUCCCGCGUACCGGUCGCCCGGGUGUCGCAGACGUCGAGUACGCCACCGUUUCCCCGGCUCCGUCGCCGGACGCUUUCAAGCUAGAGCGGAUGUUCAAGGGCAAGGACGCAAAAAUCCAGUUUGAGGCCCUCGGCUUCGAUGAGCUCCCAACGCUGCACCAUGUUGCCGCCCGUCUCGCUGAACUCGAUAUCGUCAGCAUCGAAGACGUCCGGGUUGUCGAAGGGAAGGGGGCUCCGGAUUACCAGAACCAGAGAGCGGUUGCUACCUGGGGAUACAUGGGAUGA